CACUCUCUCUCUCACACACCGCACGCGUGAAAGGUGCCAUAGAGGUGGGGGACACACCGGAGGACUUUGGCACGGGACUGACCGGAGCAUGAAUUUGCCAUCAAGACAUCGAUCCACACUUCUCCACAGACCAAGUGCAGCGUCCAGGGGAAGAGCGGACGGAGGCAGGUUUUAAAGCAACAUCUUCUCCGCACGGAGGACGAUGCACCCGCCUCUUGAUCCGUAGUAAACUGUCACACUUCGCAUGUGCGUAAAGAAGACACAGCGCUGGAUCCAUUUUUACGCAGAGCUGGUUUCUUUUUUUUGGUGCGCCCGGGUGAAUAUUUGGCUGCGGCGCGCAACGACGACGCGUGUGCGAGCUCAUUUCCCCCAGUGAGAGUCGGACUUAUUGGCUCCGAGCGGAGUUUGACUCCCCGUCAUGAGGUGCGGCGGCGGCGGCGGCGCACGGACUCACGCACACGGAGGAAAAGUGCCCGGACCCUCUCCUGAGAUGCGGACCGUGUCCUGGCUUUUGCUGCUUCUCCUUGUGGAUCUCGCGGUGGCUCAAGUUGACGAUGACUUCAUCGGUCUUGGUGAUCUCCCGGAAACCUUCCCUUCUGACCCCCCGGAGCCCCUGCCCGUGUUUCUGAUGGAACCGGAGGAGGCCUACAUUGUCAAGAACAAGCCGGUCAAUUUAUACUGCAAGGCCACACCCGCCACCCAGAUCUACUUCAAGUGCAACAGCGAGUGGGUUCACCAGAAGGAGCACACGGUGGAGGAGCGGGUUGACGAGAACUCCGGCCUGGUGGUGAGGGAGGCCAGCAUAGAGAUCACUCGGCAGCAGGUGGAGGAGCUGUUUGGGCCGGAGGACUUCUGGUGUCAGUGUGUGGCCUGGAGCUCCGCGGGGACCACCAAGAGUCGCAAAGCCCACGUCCGCAUCGCCUACUUGAGGAAGACGUUCGACCAGGAGCCUCUUGGGAAGGAAGUGUCACUCGAACAAGAAGUGUUGCUGCAAUGUCGGCCACCUGAAGGCAUCCCAGCUGCUGAGGUGGAGUGGCUGAAGAACGAAGAGGUUAUUGAUCCCGCGGACGACAGGAACUUCUACAUCACCAUCGACCACAACCUGAUCAUCAAGCAGGCGCGUCUCUCCGACACGGCCAACUACACCUGUGUGGCGAAGAACAUCGUGGCCAAGAGGCGCAGCACCACCGCCACAGUCAUUGUCUACGUGAAUGGUGGCUGGUCCACAUGGACGGAGUGGUCGGUGUGUAACAGCCGCUGUGGCCGCGGUUACCAGAAACGCACACGCAGCUGCACCAACCCGGCGCCCCUCAACGGCGGUGCCAUCUGCGAGGGGCAGGGCAUCCAGAAGCUGGCGUGCAACCCUCUCUGCCCAGUGGAUGGCCUGUGGACAGAGUGGAGUAAGUGGUCCACCUGUGGGACAGAGUGCACCCACUGGAGGAGGAGAGAAUGCAACGUCCCGGCACCGAAAAACGGGGGGAAGGACUGUGAGGGCACGGUGCUCCAGUCCAAGAACUGCACCGAUGGGCUGUGCAUGCAGAUGGCCCCCAGUACAGACGACGUAACUCUGUACGUGGGUAUCGUCAUAGCGGUGAUCAUGUGCCUGGUCAUCUCUGUGGUCGUGGCGCUCUUCAUCUACAGGAAGAACCACCGGGACUUCGACUCCGACAUCCUCGAUUCCUCCGCCCUGAACGGCGGCUUCCAGCCAGUCAGCAUCAAGACGUCCCGUAAAGCUGAGCUCCUGACAGCGGCCCCUGACCUGACCUCAGCAGCUGCCUUGUACCGGGGCCCCGUCUACGCCCUCCACGAUGUGGCCGACAAAAUCCCCAUGACCAACUCGCCUCUGCUCGACCCGCUGCCCAACCUGAAGAUUAAGGUGUACAACUCCUCGGGCUUAGUGACCCCACAGGACGACCUGGGGGGGGAGUUCUCCUCCAAACUGUCCCCUAAGCUGCCGCACUGCCUCCUGGACAACAGCGACAGCACGAUGGGUCGCCGCACGCAGACCCAGACGCUGCUCCGCACCCGGGACCCGUCCUGCAGCGCGCUGGGCUCCUUCAGCUCCCAGGGGGGGCACCUCAUUGUGCCCAACUCAGGGGUGAGCCUGCUAAUUCCAGCGGGGGCCAUUCCUCAGGGCAGACUGUAUGAGAUGUAUGUGACGGUUCAGAGGAAGGACAACAUGAGGCCCGAGGUGGAUGAUGGUCAAACUGUGCUGGGCCCCGUGGUGAGCUGCGGGCCACCCGGGGCCCUGUUGACUCGGCCCGUCAUCAUCACCAUGCACCACUGCGCCGUGUUCGACGGCCAACAGGAUUGGCUGAUCCAGCUCAAGAACCAGUCGCCGCACAACCAGUGGGAGGAUGUGGUCGUGGUCGGGGAAGAGAACUUCACCACGCCGUGCUACAUCCAGAUGGAUGACGAGUCCUGCCACAUCCUGACGGAGACGCUGGGCACCUACUGCCUCGUGGGCCAAACUCUCAGUGCCGCCACCAUCAAGCGCCUCAAGCUCGCCAUCUUCGGCCCCGUCACCUGCCCCGGCAUGGAGUAUCACAUCAGAGUGUACUGCCUGGACGACACGCAGGACUCACUCAAGGAGGUCCUGCAGAUGGAGAAGCAGAUGGGCGGGAAGCUGCUGGACGAACCAAAGACGCUCAACUUUAAAGACAGCACUCACAAUCUGAGACUCUCCAUCCACGACGUCCCCCACGCGCUGUGGAAGAGCAAGCUGCUGGCCAAGUAUCAGGAGCUCUCCUUCCAGCAAGUGUGGAGCGGCUCACAGAGGAACCUCCACUGCUGCUUCACCCUGGAGCGGUUCUCCUCCUGCACGGUGGACCUGGCCUGUAAGAUCUGCGUGCGGCAAGUGGAGGGAGAAGGACAGAUUUUUCAGCUGGACACUACACUGUCAGAGGAUUCCCAGAGUAUUGACACGUCCCUGCUGGACCCGGCCAGUAACAUCACCACACUCGUGGGGCCCAACGCCUUCCGCAUCCCCGUGUCCAUCCGGCAGAAGCUGUGCGGCAGCCUGGACGCACCAGCGACCAGGGGCAACGACUGGAGGAUGUUGGCCCACAAACUGAAUCUUGACAGGUAUCUCAACUACUUCGCCACCAAAUCCAGUCCUACGGGAGUGAUCCUGGAUCUGUGGGAAGCCCAGCAUUUCCCCGAUGGCAAUCUCGGUCGCCUCGCUCAGGUACUGGAGGAGAUGGGACGUCAUGACAGCCUUCUGCCCGCAAUGACUGAGCACUGACAUCUGCCCACCAGGGACUGUGAAAUUCCAGGGAGGAAGAAGACAUAAACAGAAAAUAAGGGGGGGGGGGGGGGGGGGCGGACGCCCGAAAGCAGGAGAGAGUCAUAUUGGCAUCGCGGUGACAAACGCACGCACACGCUCCCAGACACUGUGUGUGUUUGCGUGUGUGUGUGUACACUCAUAGAAGAUAAAAACAGCUAGGUCUACUCAGCCAUGACCCAGUUUAACAUUGGCAACAAAGGGUGUAAAAACUUGGAAGGGUAAACAAGAAUCUGUGCCAGUCACUUCUCGCUGGCUGUUCCUCUCGCUGGUAGAACGACUUGAUAUUUUUGGCUCUCGUCUCGUUGGGGUCCGCCGUCCGGCUGCCCCCCCCCCCCCCCCA